AUGGACCAGCGACCGCGAGAGGAGCGCGAUUACAAGGAGAUCUACCCGGACUUGGACGAAACCGACGUCCUACCAGUGUUUGUCGACGACGGCGACGUGGAAUGGCCGCCUCAGCAGCCCCGAGUGGCGACGAAAACCCCAAAGUUUCGCGCCCUUGAUCUAGCUAAACCCGACGAGGUGCCGGCGCCUCUGUGGCAGCGGUUUGGCUACAUCACCGAUAAUGAAGAAGAUGAUAGCGUCCCCACCGCCUACCACCGUCCGUAUGAACACGACCCGCCACCGCCCCGCGUCGCCUACGACUGCGACGCCCAGGACGUCCUCUUUGUCGAGUGGUGCCGCAAGAAGAACAUCCACAUGAGUGCCGAGCUUUUGGAGGUGGCGAUGACUCUGUUGGACCGCCAGUGGGACCAGUUGGACCAGGCGCUAGACCACCACCACCACCAUCAUCGAUAUUUGACCCUUGAUCACGAUUUGGACAAAUACGGUAGCGACGAUGGCAUCGUCCCGGGGUCGGAGUACGACCAGCGGUGCGCGGUGUGUAACGACAGCGACUGUACUGACGAUAACGCCAUUGUCUUUUGCGAUGGCUGUGAUAUUGCUGUCCACCAGGAGUGCUACGGUAUUGCGUUUAUUCCCGAAGGGCUGUGGCUAUGUCGGCACUGUAUGAUCAAUAGAGACAAACCCGCUAACUGUGUGUGUUGUCCACUGAGCACAGGGGCGUUCAAACAGCUAGAUAGCUCGAAAUGGGCCCAUGUGGUGUGUGCUCUUUGGAUCAACGAGCUCUAUUUCGCCAACCCUACGUAUAUGGAGCCGAUUGAGGGAUUGAGCCAGGUGCCUAAGUCUCGAUGGCGGUUGGUGUGCUAUCUUUGCAAGAAACGAGUGGGGGCGUGUAUCCAGUGCUAUAACCGCCAGUGUGUCGCUGCUUAUCAUGUUACCUGUGCUAAGCGGGCAGGACUCUAUAUGGAGCUCAGUGAAGGGAUCCAGGGGGCAUUACGCAACAAGACGCUGUUGAAACUGUACUGCAACCGCCACUCUCCCCCCGGGUGGCUCGCCGACGUCUCCAAGUGCCGCAAUUACUACCGAGAUCUUGAUAUCUUAGUGAAGCAAAACGCUCAGCUUACGCGGCGGUACCAGGCGGCGACGAGACUUAAUCAGUUUAAGUGGAAGACGAUUCAUAAUACUCCCAUUGCCCCCCACAAGUUUGCCCACGCCCUCGGCCGCGAGCUAGGCUACCGGCGGUGUCCGUUGAAAUCCGCGUUCGCCCUCUGUAAGUGGUGGUGUUUGAAACGCGACGCCAGACGAGGGCGGCUCAUUCGAGGCCCUGGCAUCGAUGGCGGGGCUGGUAGAGCCGACGGCGUCAGCGCCACUACCACCAAGGCGCUUGUGGCCAACCUCGACCACCUUAUCGGCCUCGCCCUGACCUCGGUGAAAGCGCAACGGGUCCGCCGCGAGCUUGGCCAGCUUGAGUGGACCCAAGUCGCUCGUGCCUACGGGCCUCGCCACCAGUUGAUCUCUAACGGCGCACGUGGCAGCCUCAGCGGGGCGCCGGCGCGAGACGAGUUCCCCUUUGUUGAGGUUGACGGCGUCGACGUCAAGUUGAAACCAUACGAUUAUCGGCAGGUGCUUGCCGACGCGGAGCUACUGGAGGUGGAGGGGGGCGACGACUAG